AUGGUAAUCACCGUCAGAGCUGUAAGCCUUUCCCCGCCGCCAACUUCUCCCGAUCUCUUCCGUCUCUGCCCAAGCACCGACGACCUCAACACCCAGAUCCGCGAUCGGUUCAAUCAGAAGCAUCAUUACUCUGUUGAUUUUGGGCUGGCAAGUGUUGAGAUGGAGUACUUGACAGAGGUACUCGUGUGUUGCCUUGUCGUCUUCGUCGUUGGAGGCCAUCGAGAGCGCUUCGGUCAAGAGCAAGGGCCGAAGGUUGGCGCGUGCGUGGAGGCGCUUGGGGCGUCGUCCCCGGAGUUGAAACGGGCUGCGACGGUGGGGAUACGGCUCGUGGCGAAGCACCGGUCAAACUUCCGUGCGCUGAUCAAGGCAUCGGGGUCCAUUCCGGCGCUGGUGCCUCUGCUGAAGAGCAUCGCCCCUGCGACGCAGGAGAGCGCGGUGACGGCGCUUCUGAAUCUCUCGCUGGAGGAGGAGAACAAGAAGCUCAUCACUACCGCGGGGGCUAAGCAGAAUGUUGCAUGCGCACUGCUUAGCCUAUCGAUGAUCGAGGAGAACCGGGGGGCAAUCGGUGCCUGCGGGGUGAUUCCGUCACUGGUGUCUCUGCUCGUGAGCGAUUCGAGCUGGGGAAAAAAUGAUUCCCUAACCACGCUGUACAAGCUGUGCUCAGUCUGGCGGAACAAGGAAAGGGCUAUCAGCACGGGGGCGGUGCCUCCACUGGUAGGGCUGGUGGGGGAACGCAGCGGCGGCAUAGCCGAGAAGGUGUUGGUGGUGCUAGGAAGCUUGGUUGCGGUGCCGGAGGAUAAAGAUGCGGUGGCGGAAGCGGGAGGGAUCCCGGUGCUGGUCGAGGCAAUGGAAACCGGACCAACAGCUGGGAGAGAGUUCGUCGUGCACGUGCUGCUGCAGCUCGCCGCCGAAAGUCCCCAUAUCCAAAGGUUUCUCUUGGGAGAAGGUGCAAUCCCACCAUUGGUUGAGCUUUCACAGGUUGGCUCAUCACGAGCUAAGCGCAAGGCAGCCAUCAGCAAUGGCAAUAGCAGGAAAUCAGUUCCUUCUAGAUUCCAGCGGCGCCAUUAA